CCCUUGUCUCAUUUAGGGUUUUUGGGCUUCGCGAGGUCGGGCGAUGGCGAGCCUGUUCAAGAAGAAGGAAAUAUCGGCGUACAAGGAUCGGCGAUUCGCAGGCACGCAGGUGGAGUAUGAGGAGGCAUUGCAGACCUCGGUCACGGUCUAUGUGGGAAAUCUCUCCUUCUACACCACCGAGGAGCAGCUGUACGAGCUCUUCUCGCGCUGCGGCGAGAUCAAGCGGAUCGUCAUGGGCCUGGACAAGAACAACAAGACGCCGUGUGGAUUUUGCUUCAUCAUAUUUUACACUCGAGACGAUGCCCAGGACUCUGUCAAGUACAUAAGCGGCACCAUUCUCGACGACAGGCCGAUUCGUGUGGAUUUCGACUGGGGUUUCGAGGAUGGGCGACAGUGGGGAAGGGGAAGGAGUGGCGGCCAGGUCCGGGAUGAGUACCGCACAGACUAUGAUCCAGGCAGAGGAGGAUAUGGAAAGCUGGUACAAAAGGAGCUGGAGAGUCGUAGAUCUUUAGUCGACUAUUCAGCGGGUGGCCUUGCAACGACGUCGUCAACGAUUGUGAAGAAUCCUUAUGGUGGUGGUGUCAGGAACAGGGAUCGCAAGCGGAGGAGGGACGACGAGCGAAUGCCGGCGGAUGGCGUCAAGAGCUACAGUCACAGGGACAAUCGGGAAAAGAAUCCGCGUUUCCGGGACAAGGGAGACUCGGACGACGAGGAGACCCGAGGGGGAGGCGUGUAAUAAGAAACUCAGCAACCAAAUUAGCGUCUCUCGGAGCUACCUAAGGAGGAAGGAGGAGGAGGGACUAUAGUUUAGGCUAUAAAGGCAGGCAGGAUAAACAGGGAUAUGGCUAGCAGCGCGCCGUAG